CACAGACAGUUCGUUAUAACUGAUUCGUUUUCUCUCUUUUCCUCCGCUGUGUGUGAGCUGUGUGUAACAUGUGCAGCCUUCAGACUCUCAAGCUUUUCGUCCAGCAGCGGCUAACUGCGGCUGUGGAGGAGAUAUUUGGACAUUUAGACAAAACAAUAACCGAGUAUGAAGAGGAGAUCCACCGCAGACACCGCAGGCUGCUGGACGAGGUUUCCAAACCUGCAGUGUUUCCUGCAGACGUACAGCAGCUGUUUGAGAGUAGAGAAGAGGUUUCCCCUGAGCAGCAGGAGUGGAGCUCCAGUCUGGACCAGGAGGACGCAGAGCCCCCACACAUUAAAGAGGAACAGGAGGAACUCUGGACCAGUCAGGAGGGAGAGCAGCUUCAAGGACUGAAGGAGGCUGAUAUCACCAAGUUCAUAUUCACUCCUGUUCCUGUGAGGAGUAAAGGUGAUGAAGGUAAACCUCAGUCCUCACAGAUUCAUCAAAGACAAACUCAGGAGAACAGAGAGACAGAACAUCUGAAAGCAGAAGCUGACGGAGAGGGCUGUGGAGGAUCUGAACUGCCCAUCAAUACAUGUCCAGAAAGACACUUACAACCAGAUAGACAUGUCAAAAACUCUCACUUUUCUGAACCUGAGACUGAAGAUAGGACUUACUGUUGGAUGGAUAUCACAGAUCUUCAACCAGAUUUAAACACUCUCAACAAUAAUUUAACACCUAUAAAUGUUAUGAGGUGUAAUACUGGUACAAAAUCAUACAGCUGCUCAGACUGUGGUAAAAGAUUUGGCCAGAAGGGGACUCUGCGGAGACACGUGAAAAAAAUUCACAAGAGAGAGAAGCCGUUCGCCUGCUCGCUUUGUAAUGCAAAUUUUAGCCAGCAGAUAGCAUUAGAACAACAUGUGAGAAUCCAUUCUGGGGAAAAACCAUUUAGUUGCUCUGUUUGCGAUAAAAAAUUCACACAAAAGAGAAACCUGAAAUGCCACAUGACGGUGCACACGGGGGAGAAACCGUUCAGCUGCUCCAUCUGCGCCAAAAGAUUCACGCAAAAGAGAAUUCUGAAAGGCCACAUGAUGGUCCACACAGGGGAGAAACCGUUCAGCUGCAGUGUGUGUGAGAAACGCUUCACCAGACGGUCGCGAGUCAAAAAUCACAAGUGUGUUGUUGAGUGCAGCAUCAGUCUGUAGCACAAGUUCUGAUCUAAAGAACGCCAUGAAAAGACACUGGAGAGUUUUUAGUACAUUGAAAUUCAUUGCAUACAAUUGAUUUAUUGUUAUUGGGCUGGGUAUCAUUAAAAAAUGACGAUACCAGUACCAAUCCAAGAGCUCUAGAAGUGAAACCGAUACCAAUUGAGUUUUUCAUUUGAUACCCAUCAUGUGAAUAGAAGCAUUAAAUUGCAUAAAAUGCCACCACAGACGGGUUGCAGCUGCUGUGGCAGUGGGCCAAUCACAUGUUGCAUUUAAUCCAAAAAUGCUUGCAUUGAUUGGCUGUGAGCAAGUCCAUACAAAUAGUCAUAUUUUCUAGCUCUGGGUGCGAAAAGGAUCGAUUGCAGGUAUCGUUUGACAGGAGACAUUUCGAUAAGACUUGUAGUAUCGAAGUAGCCUGGCUAUCGUCAGACCCUACCACAAUUGAGGUAGGGUCUGGUGAGGAGCCGUUCUUUUCCUCGUAUUGGAGGCGGGAUCAACGAAUGUCGAUCAAAUGCUUCUGUACACUACUGGACAAACUUACAGCCACUCAUACUAUCGGUUUAUUUUGGUUGAUAACUUAAAGGUAUUGAGUACUGAUACCCAGCCCUAAUUGUUGUUAUUAUUAUUAUUAUUAUUAUUAUUAUUAUUAUUAUUACAUAUCACAUUGAUAAUUAUCAUUGUGUUGUUGAGAGAAGCAGAAAGUGGCGGAGCAGCCUGUUGAAACCCUGAUGAGAAUUUGGUAAAUUUGUGCUAAGAGAUUUCCAGAAAAGACAAAUCAAACAAAGCAGGUGUUGUUGUUUGGGAUGCAGCCACAUGUGGAUACAGUACAGCCAGGCAUGAAUCACAAGUAAACUCUUUGAUUAUUUAUGCACACUACCAUCAAAUUACAAAUUACCUUCAGAUUACAAAGAUUGUCCACAGGAACUGAUGACUCAUACUGUCAAAUUUACAGAGUUUGUAUAAUUAGUCAUUUGUUCCCUAGAAUCAAUUGAUUUCUGUACUUGAAGUGUUGUGUCUCAUUAUCAACAAAUACAGGUAUAAGAUCAGACUUUGGAUACACACACAAUACUUGUUAGUAGAUGAGUUCAUUGUUGGUUUGGUUCACAUAGAAAGUGUUUUCAGAACAGAUAACUUCAUUGUAUUAAAUGUAUCCGUACAUGCUGAAUACCACAGUCUCAGUCUUAAUGCUCUGAGUCUGUUUCUGUCGCGUUUAGUUAAGCAAAAUCUGAGAUGGCAGCUGAUUAAACCACACAAGUAUUCUGUUUUAUGUGUUUAGAAUCAAUAAAUAUGAACUCUGUUGAUUUCUUAUCAAGCUGUUUUUGGUUCAGUAAAUGUCUGCUGUUGUUUAGCCUGGUGAUAGCAGUUGAGGAACAGGAGAUUCAUCGCUCUGGUUCCUGUCAUAUUUCAGAUUUCAUGCAAAAAAUCUUCUGGUUGCAGCUUCUUCAAUGUGAGGAUUUGAAGCUUUUCUGUGUCAUGCAUGAUAAUAAACGUGAAUGUCUUUUAGCUUUUGAACUGUUGAUCAAAUAAAACAAGAUAUUAAAAGAUGA